AUGACGAAGACGACCGGUGUCUUUGCAACAUUCCUUCUACUCUUGGUCAUCUGCAAUGCAAAACAGGCACAAGAAUCUGCUGCGGAACCAAAGAAACACGAUUUGGAACAAGUGAUCAGUGAAAUUGAAGUGAGUGAUCCAGAAUGGGAGACGAAAUGCCCAGAUGGAGAUCACGGGCAUAACAUUUGUCAUACAAAGGGGAAAAACUGGAGCGAAUUCGUUAGGAGCAUGCUACGCGCAAUGUCCAAAGUGGCAGCCUACAUUUUACAGGAGAAACACAACCAUGAUGAUGAUGAUGAAUAA